AUGGCAGAUCUUCUAAAUAGUGUGACUGCAUAUAGGCGGGAAAUGCUUCAGCACAGAUUACAACGAAAUAAGCAAGCAGCAAUAGCAAAAAGUUCAUUAGAUUUAAAAUCUCGCAGCAGAAGGGUGCAUAGUUACCUUUUCAACUGAUCUCAUAAAAUAGAUCCCAAAGUUGGGGAGGUUUUAAGCACAGAACCCUGCGUAAACGUUUUUAAACCUUUUCUCAGCAUCGAUUCCAUGCCUAGCAAUGGUCGAUCAAGCUUAAACCACCAUUCGCCUCCCCGAUUUCGAAUUGGGAGCCCAAAUCUGCUUAGCCCAAAACUCUUCAGAAGUCCAAGUCCUCAAAAAACCAAACUAAGAUCCUACAAGUUAGACUCAGCAGCUUUAUUAGUAGGCAGAAUCGUGGAAUUUAUGGCUAAGCAUUUCCGCAUAUGGAAAACUAAAACUGAAUUGAUGAAAAAAGAAGAAGAAAAAAAUUAUUUUUUUAAUAAACCAAACCCAUAUCAGCUAAAUAUAGCUUCAUUUGAUAGAUCAGCCUCAUCUCAAAGGACAACAAAUAAGAUGAAAGGGAAAAUCAUACAUGGCUUUGAUAAUCAUAUGUCAGAAAGUUUGCCAGUUUCUAUAAGACCUUCACCGAGAAAUCAGAAUUCAGAUAAAAAAAAUUUUAGGAACUCCAGAGAAGAGAAUCCAGUUAUUAUUGAGACAGUUGACGAGUAUAAUAGAUCUAAUGAACAAUGAAAGUCUGAAGAGAAGCAGCCAGUGGUGGUGGAAACUGAAAGGGUUAGCCAUUUAGAAAAUUGGCAUAAAAGAUCGAUGCUGAGUUCGAUGGAAAAUCCUUUGUCGUCUGGAAAUAUGACAGGGUCCUCGUCUUUUUCAAGCAGAUUCCAUGAUAGCCCAAGGUAUAAAACUGGGUUAAGCAACUUUUCAAAUGGGAUUGUAAAACUGUCUGUACUAUUGCUAAAGGUAACAAGGAAAGUUAAACAGGAGAGUUUUAAAGCACUAAGAUCUGCUGGGAAUUUAAACAUUGAGUCUUUAGUACUAGAAGACACCCUCAACAUGAGCGGCUCAGAUACUAACUUAGAAGAGCUUCAAGAGCAAUCCCUCAUAAAUCUUGACUACCAAUUCAGAGCAAAGCUAAAGCCCUAUUUCCAAAAAAUCCUAAAUAGAGAUGCAAAGCCUCCAAGAUCAAAUAAAAGACACUCCACAAAAGAAAGCCUGCAGGUUUGUUUAGACGACAUUCAUUCACAUCUAAAAGAGCUCAGAGCCUCUCGAUCUCGGUCCUCAACCCGUGUAAUAAAACAUACUAAGCAGCUUGUUGAGCAUCUAAAUAUAGUUGAAGACAAUAUAAACUAGUUAGAUUAGAUCAUUAUUAUUAUAAGUUUAAAUAGGUCUUCGGAGUUUAUUUCAGCCCCUCUCCGCAUUGGCUGACUCCAGACUCCUCGCCCUAGGCUCGUUUGCACUUAUUACUUCUCUGUCGAUGUCGCCAAAAAUGGUGACGCGCCGUCUUGGGAGAUGAACCAGGCACUUCCUUGGACAACUCCUAACGUGUGCAUGAUCUGUCCGGAGAUGUGAGAUAGUAUACAUCUCGAAUCCUCCUUAUGGUCUCAAUAGCCCUUGUAUUCAAAAACGAGGAGUUGUAAUAUGGACCCUGCGGUAAAAAAAACCUGUCGUCCUGCCCCUACCAGGAAAAAUAAAUGCCCUGGACACAAAUGCCAGACCCUAUCCCUCUUAAGCCCAAAAACUCAAAGGGUAUAUGAGAAAGACGUGUCGAAUAAGCUAUCAUUUUAUUUAUGUAAUAUAAACAGAAGAACCAGAAGUGAAGCCUUCCAAACCCUUUUAAUUUACUCAACAGAUAAUAUCGAUUUUUUAUGCGAUGCCAUAAUUAAAUCAAAGGCUUAUUCAAGACGAAAUGCUCUUGAAUCUGGGUUUUCUGUGAUCAAAGCAUUUUAUAUGCAUAAAAAGAACUUACACCCCCUCCGUGAGCGAACAAACAAAUUUUUCUCACUCACGGAGGGGGUUAAUUUUUUUUUUAAAAAAUUUAUAGUAAAUUUUAAAAAAAUUAAAAAGCAUCCCAAUUCACAAAAAUUGGAAGCAAAUAUUUAUUUACUUUGUAAAAUUUAUGCUUUAAAUGCAAGCUAUUUAAUAUUAAACAGAAUUGGCAGGAGAUUUCGCUAUAAUAAUUAUCACUUAUAUAUUAAUUUUUUUUUAAUAAAAUUUUUAUAUUAAAAAAUUUUUGUUUGGAAGAUGGGUUUUUGGGGAAAAUAGGGAUUUUUCCAAUGUUUUUGUUCAUUCACGGGGGGAGUUAGAAAAAGGGCUUAAAAUUCUUAUGAAAAACAUUAAAAAAGAUUUUGGGUAUAGGCAACGAGUAUGCUUACGCCAUUGGAAAGAAACUGUUAAUCAUAUAUAUAAAAAGACUGAGUAUGAUUCACUAAAAACAAUUACAGUUGUAGCUAUAUUCGAAGAUUUAGUUAAUAAAAAGAGGAAACUAUUGUUCAGCAACUAUAAAUUAGCGAAAAAACGAGAAUCCGCAAUAAACGCGCAUAAAUUCAAAGUCUUGAAUAGAGCUUUUACCAGGUUAAUCCCUUACUAUAAAAACAUAAAGAUGAGGGUUUGGAACAUAUGGAGAAGGAAAAUUCCUGUGCAAUCAUCAGAAGCGAAAGAAAAAGCUUUAUUAAGGGUUGCUCGAAUUGUGAAGAAAAAUAACAUCAGAUGGUUUGAGAGAUUUCUUUGAAAAUGUGUCGAUUUUGUCAAAGCCAAACAAUCUGCAAUCAAUGUGAUAGAAUUUGCAUUAAGGAAAAAAUUUUCAUUCUAUUUUUAUAUGUGGCGAAAUAUCAGGAAACCUGGAGAAGAAACCCCUUUUAAAAGUCCUAGAAAUUCAAUCCCUAAAAAAGUGUCUUCAGGAAUCCAACUCACAAAAUCAAUAACAAACAUGUCAGUCUUUAAAGGGAGUGUGCUAGAGCACAGCCUACGAAGUAAUUUUAAAAACGACUAUAUCAAUUUAGUCCACAACGAUGACAGUUUCCUCUCAAAAUCUCCAGCCAAGCCAACUAUGUCUGCUUAUCGAUUCCAAAAGGUCAAUGAAAGUUUAAAUGCAGUACUUUCGUAUUUCGACCGAAAUCUUGACGAGACUCUUUACAUCUCAUUCCAGGUCUGGAGGAAGCGAAAAAAUCAAUACUAG